UGGGUUUCUUCCCCUGUGAGUGUGGCAGGUCAUCGGUGAUAAGGUGCCACAAACAAUCCAACCUCAGACUCUGACACUGCCUCCUGCCCGGACCCAACCCCCUAUUGCUGCAUCCCUUCAGCACCACACAUUACACUCAGGCACACAGGCCCCCACCAAGCCAGUCUUAAGAAAGCAUGGGAAACUUAUAGCCUUUUUCAGGAGCUUCAUUCUCUCUCGACCUUCACGGCGGAAACUAAAGCAGUCUGGUAUCUUGCGUGAGCGGGUAUUUGGUUGUGACCUAGGAGAACAUCUUUUAAACUCUGGCCAUGAAAUUCCCAUGGUGUUACGCUGCUGUUCAGAAUUUCUGGAGAGCCAUGGUGUUGUUGAUGGCAUUUACCGUCUUUCUGGUAUUACAUCCAAUAUCCAGAAAUUAAGAAAUGCAUUUGAUGAGGAUAGAAUACCAGACCUGUAUGGGGAUGACAGCAUUGUUCAAGAUAUUCACUGUGUUUCAUCAGUGUUAAAAAUGUACUUUAGAGAGUUGCCUAAUCCUCUCUUAACAUAUCAGCUGUAUGAAAAAUUUGUGGCAGCUGUGAUCCAAGACGAGGAUAUACGACUUUUGUACUUAAGAGAUGUGGUUCAACAACUGCCUCCUCCACACUAUAGAACGCUUGAAUAUCUUGUGCAGCACCUGGCAAGAGUUGCUUCACAUAGUGCAGAAACGGGUAUGACAGCAAAAAAUAUAGCCAUUGUGUGGGCCCCCAACCUCUUGCGAUCUAAAGACUUAGAUAUGGGUGGUGUUGCAGCACUUCAGGAUGUUGGGACACAAGCAGUAGUAACGGAGUAUCUUGUUCGGUAUGUGGACCUUAUAUUCAACGACAAGAUUCCCACUUUCUCACAUUCCACCAAUGGAGUGGAGGGGACACCAAAGAAGUCACGCCCAAAAUCUCUUGCCAUAUCUACUCCCACCAAGCUAAUAUCAAUAGAAGAAGCCAGGUCCAGGGCUCUCAGCACAGCUAUUAAACCUGACCAAAAAUACAUAGAAGUGGGCGGAGGACCACAGAAUUUGCCCCCAAAAUAUCACACAGUAAUUGAACUACCUAGUCGGAAAGGUGGCAGUCUUAAGCAAAAGAAAUCUCCUUCAGGAUGGAAAAGUAUAUUCAGUAAGGGACGCAGUGUACACAAGCACCCAAGAAAAGCAUCGACACCAAGUGAUAUUCACCUGAAUAUCUCGGACUCAGUGGUGAAUGAGGCAGAUAUUGCCCCUUCUUCUUCCAAGCGUCUCCGACCUGUCAAGUCAGUUGAAUCCCUCAUCUCAACCUCUGCCUCUCUGCACUCGAACAGAAAUUCACAGGCACUGGAAUCACCAGAAAAACGAGAGUUUUUAAUGUGGGAGAAGUACGAAAAAUCUCCUCAGGAUGAACGUGAAAGCAGAAGCAGCUCCAUGUCGAGUCCCAUACCUUCUCCCCGCACGCAUAAUCGCUCGGUUUCCCACGAUUCAUACUUUAACACCCUGGAAAGCCGUUUAAAUAACGUGCCUUCACAAGUACCAGUAAAAGAGGAAGGUGAGAGUGAUAUAGAUUUCUCGCCAGACAAUUCAAGAAUAUACUUGGAUAUCAGUGAACUUGAUUUGAACUUUAGUAACAGUGAAAAAGACCUAAAAGGCUUUGAAGUAGAUACUCUUAAAUCAACUUCAGUUGAAGAUCCGGAUAACAUGUCCAGUUCCACUUUAGAUAUGGAGAACUUAAGUAUGUGCUCAGAGAGUGGGAGGAGCAAAGAAAAUUUGAGUCCCAGGGCCGAAAAAAAGUCUCUCAAAGAAAAGUUUAAACACAGAUUUACUUCACCACCCACCCACCGGAGAACUGAUCCAAGUAUAAGUGAUUCCAGUGAAGAUUCGUGCAACAACAGUUUAAAAAGGGCUUCAGCAUCUCUUAAGGAUAAGAUUGUCCAUGCUCUCAGCCCUGAAACCUCUCGUCGACGGACAGAAACGUCUCCAAGACCAACUUCUCCCAGUAGUUCUCCAAAAUUUAAGCAUGUUCGUACAGCAGAGGUGGACACUAAAGAAGGUCAGACCUUAAAAUUGGAUGGCCAUUCUUUAAAGCCAGAAAUCUCUAGUUUCUUAAGUGGUGCUAGAUUGUUACCAGAGCAUGACAAAAGUAGAGAAACAAUAACAGCAGAAAUACAUGUGGAGGCAGAAGAAAGCCAAGAAUGUGAUGAUACUCCAUCAAGAAAUAGUAUGGACUAUGCACUUAUAGAUCCAGAAUUAUUAGAUAAAAUUACACACUUAAGAACUUCUCCUUCAGUUAGUGCAUCAGAAGUAAGCAGCACCUCACUUGCAGAAGCCACUGUAUCAGAUAAUGAGAGUUUCACAUUAGGAAGCAGUAGUAGUGGAGUAGGAAUUGUGGGGUAUGGCAGAGAAUCUUUGGCAGAUGCAGUUAACACACUGGUUCCAUCUUAUACUUCAGUAACUCCUAUUGAACUCUCAGUUGCCAUAAUUGGUGAGAAACCUGAGACACAACAGAAUCUUCCUAUUGCUCCAGUUACCCCUGUAACACCAGUGCAAGAAGACUUAACCCCGCAACAAGAACUUCCGAAACCUCGUCCCAGUUCGUUACUGGGACUUCCGACGGCAGAUCUUCUAAAUUUAGGGUCAGCACUAACUUCGCCAGAGACUCCUCAGGGCGACUCCACAUUUUUAGAGAUUCAGUAUCACCCACUGAGUGACACAACUGAACCUUCCACCCCUAGCGAGUCCCAGUUUGUCCAGGACUUAGUAGGUGUAGGACAGCCAAUGCCAUACCCACCUGCUAUUGAUGAGCCUCGGCAGUCAAGUCCAUUAUCGAUAGACUUGAGUAGUAGUGAUGAUCAAACUGAAGAAGGUCCAAUGUAUGAAAAUGUAGACACAAGUAGCUCAGGACUUCCCUUGAAGGUGGUAGAUUCUCCUUUUGACGAGACCUUGCCACAGUCUUCUCUGCCAAGUGUUCAGUCUUCCCAAACUAGUUUUCAGACUUGUGAAACAGGUGGACAAGUAUUAUUGGUGGCAUCAGAGCUUCCAUGCUCUGAUGUAGAUUAUGAGAACUAUAAUUACAAUUCUGUGUAUGAAAACGUUAAGUACGGUGCCGAGUAUGAAAAUGUAGAAUACAGACCUGAGUAUCAAAAUGUGGAAUACGAAACAGAGAAUGGAAGCAAAAACGAUGAGAAAUAUAUAAACAGUGCUUCAAGUGAUGUUUCUUAUGAAAAUGUUGACAUAACAGAGGAUCGUGAAAAUAUGGUAGUUGAUAGUGCAUAUGAAAAUGUUGAAUCCCCUGCUAAGGAAUCCUUACCAGUGUAUGAAAAUUUAGAAGAAAGUAGUGAUGAACAUGACCAGAUUGUGCCUGAUACAGAUGAUGCAUAUGAAGAAUAUUCAUUUAGGGAUCACCCAAAUUAUGAAAAUGUAGAAUUUAGUUCUCAGGUGUCUACCCUUCCUGAAAAAACAGUAAGUGAUGAUAAAACUGAAGUUGAGAUUGAAGGGGAAAUGGUAUACCAGCAAGUCAAGUUCCUUAGGAAAUCUAUACAAGAGGUGAAUGACAUGCUGAAGGUGCAGGAGGAAAAACCGCGUGCAUUAGAAGAGUCAGAUGUUGGCAUUUUGAGUGUUAAAGAGCUGGGUACAACUGCACAUGUUAUGGGUUUACCUGAGAAUUCUUCAGAGCUUCCAGUACAGGUGCCUCAAAUGGGCAACAUGAAUGUUUCCCAAACUUAUGAACCCUUGCCUUGUUCUCAAGACUCUAUACUGGAUCCUGAGGUGACUGCUUUAGAUACUGAAAUUUAUACUCAGCCUAGUGAGGAUAGUGAAUGCUUAGACUCACCCAUUACUCCCUCAUCAGUAAGCAUGGCAACGGAAGUCUUAGUUCUCCCAUCUUUUGCUUCACCAACAGAGUCUACUACAGAUGAUGUUACAUCACCAGUGAGUAGUGAUGAUGCCAGUUCUCCUAAACCUAUACAAGAAACACUGGAUCACUGUUCAUCUUCUUGUACCUUACCACCUAUAUUGCCAAGUCUCUCUCCACCCACUCCAGAAAAUAUUCCAGUUCCUCCAGCUGCAACAUCUACCCCAAACAGAGCUUUACCACUCCCAAGUAUUAUUAGUCCUGCUCCUUGGCCCAGAACUACUCCUCGUCACACGCCUAUUGUUGCUCCUGUGCCUCGGCCACGUCAGUUACCUAAACUGAACUUAUCCUCACCCUUAAUUUCACCAGUCUCGACACCAUCAUCAGUGUCUAUCUCUCCAGACUCUCCUGCCACUCCAGGCACACCCAGCAAUGGAUCUGCCCAGGCAACACCAACUGAAGAAAAUGCAUCUUUUUCCCCAGUAUUUAAACCUAGUCAAUUGCCAUUUAAUAUUCAGUGUGAAACAGCUGAAUCAGGUCAUUCAUUUGAUCUUAAAGUUCACCAUAACUUAGGUGAUGUUAAGUCUCAAAUACGAUCUACAGAAGGUGAAGCAUCUGAAUCAGCACUGCCUACAGAACCUGAAAGCCUAGAUUCUGAAAAAUUGACUGAAUGUAAGCCCAUAUCCUCACAAUUUCCUGCUUUCCAAAGAUUUAAAAGUUCUCCAGAUUUCAGGUCAUCAUCCAAAGACACUAAGUUGGGCAUAGUUACUCAAGAAAAUUUAACAAAGGAGGCCGAGGAUACCACAACAAGUGAACUUGCCAGUAUUCUUAGUAAUGUUGAUCUCAUGGACCCACAGAAGAGAGAGAGAAUUGAACAAUAUAAAAAAGAAAGAAGGUCAUUUUUAAGAGAAAAGUACAAGUCGGAGAGCUUCCGUGGAGAAAAAGAUGAAAUGAUUAUGAGACUUAAGCAGAAGGCCACAAGUCCAUCUCGGCCAGAAGAAGAGUGUGGUGAAAAUGACGAUGAGAUUACUCAAAGUUCCGAGAUUAAAUGUGCAAGUCCGAGAAGAAGAGAAAGUAUUAGUCCAACAAAACAACUUCACGAAUCAUUACCUGGAAAAACUAGCCCUGUUAAACAGCUAGGGGACACAGUUGCUUCUGAAAAAUAUAGCAUAGCCUCGCAAAUUGUAACGGAGAAAAAGGGAGAACAGGGUGAUGAAUUGGUAUUCAAAAGAGCCUCGCCUGCUAGAAGAAGCCUAAGUGACAUGGGAAGAGUAGGGGAGCUGAAGAGUCCUACAAGGACUCGCUACUCUUCUGAAAGUCCAACUCCUACAUUUCAAAGAAGCAGCAGUAGUAGUUGUAGCAACAGCAGCAAUAGAUCAAAUGACAUAAACCCACGUUCAAGUUUAAGGCAGUCUCCGGACAAGGAAAUAAUACUAAGUCGUUCUAGCAGUGGUGAUUCAAAGUCUAGUCCAUUAAGAAAAAACUCAGCCCCAAUUAGUCCCAUAAAAUCUCCCUCUGGUACUCCAACUUUUCAUAGAUCAGCUAGCACUCGGGGUAGUGGACGCUGCAGAACUUCAAAGGAUGACAUUGAUGAAGAUAUUAAUGUUAAAGAACGAGUGGCUAUAUGGGCCAAGAGUCAAGAAAAGCCUCCCAACUUGGAUAAAUUGGAAAAAGACACCAAAAGUGAAAAAGCUAAUAUUAAACAAGACCAAAAAUCAGGAAUGGAAUCAAUAACGAAAAACUCUACUCCUCCUGUGUCACCAGUAAGAAAAACUUCUAUUCCUAAAGCUGCUCCAUCUUCACCUAGCAUUUCUAAAACAGUUCCAUCACCACCUGCAGCUUUAAAAUCAUCUUCCUCUGGCAUUCCAAAAGCAACUCCUCCUCCUCCUGCAAAUGCUCCUAAGAAAAUAGGCAGACUGGGAGAAGGCAGUAGUGAUACAAGUGCACUAGCUGCUGCAGGGAAUGCAGCCACUAGAGGGAACACUGGUCAACAAAGACGAAUUAGGGAUAUGGCAGCCAUAUUUGAAAGAGACUCACCAUCAAGUGCCAAGCCAACUGUUAUUAGACAAAGUUCAAGAGAAGAGAAGAAAGAAAGGUGA